GAGGAAGCUCGCUUUGACACAACUACUGAGCGCGAGCUUCGCUCAGACGAGAACUUGUUUCACACUCUCUCAAGACACAAUCUGCCAAAUAGUCAGUUGUCAACUCUGCAAUGCACAGCACUUCUGCAACCAUGACGUCCAAUAACAGUUACUGCGGUGCUUCAACUCAAAACCUGGUGGCAUCCAUCCUUCCUCCUGUACUCAUCAUUGAGCUGCUACUGGGUCUUCCUGGCAAUUUCAUGGCACUGUUUGUCUUCAGCAAAACCCUUAGGACUUGGAGGGCCAAUGUCAUGUUCCUCUUCAACCUGGUUAUGUCUGACUUUCUGCUUCUCAUCAGCCUCCCCUUCCGCAUCGACAACUUCAUGCGUGGUGAGAGUUGGAUAUGAGACGCCUGGUGUCGGAUCAACCUAUUCAUGCUCUCGGUCAACCGCUCAGCUAGCAUCGCCUUCAUGACCGUGGCUGUUGACCGCUACUUUAAAGUGGCCCAUCCGCAUCACAAGAUAAACUACAUAAGCACAAAGCAAGCAGGCGGCAUUGCCUGCUUCAUCUGGGCUGUUGUGAUAUUCCUAAGAAUCCCUUUGCUGGCCAACAAUCUUCUAGACGAGAAAAACAACAUCUCCCUUUGCAGGAGCUUUAGCAACUAUCAAAAUCCAUCGCUAGGUAUCAAACUGCAUUAUACAGUGUUUAUUUUAGAGUUCUUGCCUUUAUUACUCCUGGUCUUCUGCUCCGUGAGUAUUGCAUGUAUCCUAAAUGACGCGCAGAUGGACAAGGACAAGAAAGGGAAAAGGGCUAUUCGGACUGUCCUGGUAAUUGUUGGGGUGUUUGUCUUCUGCUUCUUUCCCAGCAUUGGCACAGGAUUGACGGCACUCUAUUUGAAAAACUCGGACCUACGCUUCUGUGAGGCUUACACAUUCACCAGUCAGUUGUUUUCUACAUCCAUAGCCUUCACCUACCUAAACAGUGCUCUGGACCCGGUCAUCUACUGCUUCUCCAGCUCUAUUUUCCGCAAUUAUCUGAGAAGUAUUGUCAACCGAACUGGAAUCAUGGAGCUACAGAUGAGCCGACGGGCAGUAUGCCCAGCGGGAAGUGACUGA